GCCGCCGCUGACGUUUAUAGCCUUUGAAAUGCAUAUAUAUUGAUGAAUUCGUCAUUCUCAGUAUAGUUUCGUCUCAAAUUCUUCAAACCCAAUUGUUGAAUCUCUUUCUAUCUAUAAAUCCAUCACAACCCACAACCCAGUUCGUGAUUCAGCUCUGGAAUUUCUGUUUGUUCAAAGGGAGUACAAAACUCGAAUUGGGAGGAGCUGGCUAUAAGCUGCUGCUGCUGGUUCUUCUUCUUCUUCUGCUGCUGCGGCUUUGAGCAAAGAAUUCGAAAAGGGGUGUGCUUGUUUUCCCAUUUUUAUUGGGUUUUCAAUUUCUCAUUCUACUUGCUGUUGAAUCGUUCUUUUCUCAUAGUUUUUCUCUCUCUUCCGUGAAAUUUUCGGGAGAUUCAGCUGAGAUCAGUAUUUGGGUAUUUCAUGAUUUUGGUUGUUGUUGAUGCUUGGUUGGUCAAGAGGUCUCUGAUCUUCGGAUCAAGGCCUCGGACCGGCCGAUUCUGAACCCUUUUCUUCGUACUUUGUUUUCUACGUUUUCCUCUGUUUUUCCCGAUCUGAUAAACCCUUUACCUAAUAUUUCUAUGAUGGAUUCAAAUUCAAAUAUCCAAAUUGAGAUUCCCCCAGUUCUGGAUUCAAAUAUACACUCGUCGUCCCGUCGUAGUAUUUCAUCGAUCCAAUCAAAGAAUUCUCUUCGUGAGGUGAAUAUCAGCGAAUCAGGGUCAAAGACGACGACUCGAUAUGGGUCUAGACGGGCAGAUUCAGAAGGGUUCAGCGUUUCCCAGAAAGAGAUCAACGAUGAAGAUGCCAGAUUGGUUUAUGUAAACGAUCCAAACAAGACAAACGAGAGGUUUGAAUUUGCUGGAAAUUCCAUAAAGACUAGCAAGUAUUCCAUCUUUUCUUUCCUUCCUAGAAAUUUAUUUGAACAGUUCCAUAGAGUAGCCUAUAUCUAUUUCCUUGUCAUUGCUAUAUUGAAUCAGCUUCCACAACUAGCUGUUUUUGGACGGGGAGCUUCUAUUAUGCCUUUAGCUUUUGUACUAUUAGUUACUGCUGUCAAAGAUGCGUAUGAAGAUUGGAGAAGGCAUAGGUCUGACCGGAUUGAAAAUAAUCGACUGGCAUCGGUUCUUGUAAACAAUCAGUUCCAUAUGAAGAAAUGGAAAGAUAUUCAAGUUGGUGAAAUCAUAAAGAUUCAUGCCAACGAAACUAUCCCUUGUGAUAUGGUUGUUCUCUCGACCAGUGAUCCUUCAGGCGUUGCAUAUGUGUACACGACUAACUUAGACGGGGAAUCGAAUCUGAAAACUAGAUACGCGAAACAGGAAACUCUUUCAAAGACUCCCGAGAAUGAGAAGAUUAGUGGGUUAAUCAAAUGUGAAUUGCCUAACAGAAACAUUUAUGGGUUUCAAGCAAAUAUGGAAAUUGAUGGUAGAAAAGUCUCUCUUGGACCUUCUAAUAUUAUUCUCCGAGGUUGUGAAAUCAAGAACACAGCUUGGGUAAUUGGGGUUGCGGUUUAUGCAGGCCGAGAGACUAAAGCUAUGCUCAACAAUGCUGGAGCACCAUCAAAGAGGAGUCGUUUGGAGACCCAAAUGAAUCGCGAGAUUAUAAUCCUCUCAGUUUUCCUUAUUGCUUUGUGUACAGUAAUUUCUAUAUGUGCUGGUGUCUGGUUAUGGAGAGAUAAGAAAGAACUCGAUUACAUACCCUUCUUCAGAAAAAAGGAUUUCAAGAAAGAUAACGAGAGUGAUAGUGAUAACUAUAACUAUUACGGGUGGGGAUUGGAGAUAUUAUUCACGUUCCUGAUGUCGGUUAUUGUUUUUCAAAUCAUGAUUCCGAUCUCGUUGUACAUCUCCAUGGAGCUUGUUCGUGUUGGUCAGGCUUAUUUCAUGAUACGGGAUGAGAAAAUGUACGAUGAAGUGUUGGAUUCUCAGUUUCAGUGUCGGGCUUUGAACAUUAAUGAGGAUCUAGGACAAAUAAAGUAUGUUUUUUCUGAUAAAACGGGUACGCUCACGGAAAACAAGAUGGAGUUUAAGUGCGCGAGCAUUCGUGGUGUGGAUUAUAGUGGCGGAAAUGCUAGUUCACAUGAGGAACAUGUUUCACAUCCCAUUCAAGUUGAUGGGAAGCUUGUUAGACCGAAGAUGGAGAUAAAGGUUGAUCCUCAGCUUAUAAAGAUGUUGGGAGAUAGGAAAGAUACUGAAGAAGGACAAUGCCUUCACAAUUUCUUCUUGGCAUUGGCAACUUGCAAUACAAUUGUGCCCAUAGUUUUGGAGACUUCGGAUCCAAUAUUGGGCUUGAUAGAUUACCAAGGAGAGUCUCCUGAUGAACAAGCGCUUGUUUAUGCUGCUGCUGCUUACGGUUAUACACUUGUAGAACGAACCUCAGGACAUAUUGUUAUAGAUGUACAAGGAGAAAGACAGAGGUUCAAUGUUUUGGGUUUGCACGAGUUUGAUAGUGAUAGAAAAAGGAUGUCAGUUAUAUUGAGUUGUGUAGAUGGAAGUGUUAAAGUAUUUGUGAAAGGUGCAGACACAACAAUGUUAAGCGUGCUGGAUAAAUCAUCAGACUCAAAAACUGUCAGUUUGACAGAAUCCCAUCUUUAUAACUAUUCCUCCACGGGUUUGAGAACCCUAGUUGUGGGUAUGCGUGAGCUAAGUGAUAUUGAAUUUGGAAAAUGGCAAUCUUCGUUUGAAUCUGCCAGCACUGCAUUGAUAGGAAGAGCAGGUUUGCUUCGUAAAGUUGCUGCAAAUGUGGAAACUAACCUCACUAUACUAGGUGCCUCUGCAAUAGAGGAUAAACUGCAAAAAGGUGUACCAGAAGCAAUAGAGUCUCUUAGAAUGGCAGGUAUCAAGGUGUGGGUUUUAACCGGAGAUAAACAAGAAACUGCUAUUUCAAUUGGCUACUCUUCUCAGCUGUUGACGGAGAGGAUGACUCAGAUUGUUGUAAACAAUAAGUCCAAGGAAUCGUGUAGAAAACGCUUAGAUGAGGCCACUGCUUUAGCUCAUGAUUCGAGUUUGCCUGCUUUGAUUAUUGACGGUACAAGCCUUGUUUACAUUUUGGACUCGGAUCUUGAGGAACAGUUUUUCCAGUUGGCUAGUAAAUGUUCGGUGGUAUUAUGUUGUCGAGUUGCUCCACUUCAAAAAGCGGGAAUUGUUGCUCUAAUAAAGAACAGGACUGACGAUAUGACACUGGCAAUAGGGGAUGGUGCGAAUGAUGUAUCAAUGAUACAAAUGGCUGAUGUUGGUGUGGGUAUAAGUGGACAAGAGGGUAGACAAGCUGUCAUGGCAUCAGACUUUGCAAUGGGACAGUUUAGAUUCUUGGUUCCUCUUUUGCUUGUCCAUGGCCAUUGGAAUUACCAGAGGAUGUCCUACAUGCUCUUGUACAAUUUUUACAGAAAUGCAGUUUUUGUCUUUGUUUUAUUUUGGUAUGUACUAUUUACUUGUUUCACAUUGACGACUGCCAUAACAGAAUGGAGCAGUGUCUUGUAUUCAGUUAUUUAUACUUCAAUCCCCACAGUGGUCGUUGGGAUCCUUGACAAGGAUUUAAGAAGAAGAACGCUUCUUAAGUAUCCUCAGCUUUAUGGAUCAGGACAAAAGGAGGAGAAUUACAAUUCGAAGUUGUUUUGGAUAACAAUAUUGGACACAUUGUGGCAAAGUAUAGUCGUUUUCUUCAUUCCUCUCCUUGCAUAUUGGGCAAGCACAAUCGAUUCCUCUAGUUUAGGAGAUCUGUGGACGCUUGGAGCCGUAGUUCUUGUUAACUUACACUUGGCUAUGGAUGUAAUCCAGUGGACGUGGACAACCCAUGUUUCAAUCUGGGGAUCGAUAGUUGUGACAUGCAUUUGUGUCAUCUUUAUCGAUGCCUUGCCCAUGCUACCAGGUUUCUGGGCCAUCUUUAAUCUCGCAUCAACUAGUUUGUUCUGGCUAUGCUUGCUAGUCAUUCCUAUUGGAGCAUUAAUCCCCCGUUUCGUGGUGAAGGUCAUUGUUCAAAGAUAUUGGCCUUCUGAUAUUCAGACUAUGAGAGAAGCUGAGAAAAUUGGAGAGAAUCUUGGGUUUUCGGAAAUAGAAAUGAGACAAGUUUUGGAGGAUAAUAACCACCCUACAAGGAGAAGAAGUUGAUUUGGGUAAUUUGCCUCAUGAGGAAGGAGGGAUGAUUUUCUUUGUUUUUUGUGUUAAAAUUUGUCAUUAUUCAUUAGUCAGUCUUAUAUUGUUUGCUUGUUUCAUUUCUUUGCAGCUAUCCAAAGGAUAGAAAUGAGAGUGACUUUUUAGAGGCACACGCCCUUCUGGCUUUUGUACAAACAGUUAAUGUAAAUUAGCAAAUCAUAUAAAACCACACCCCUUUUUUCUCCUUUA